AUGGGGUUGGAUAAAGCUUCUAUAGAGAAGCGUGUUUCACGUAUAGAGCUCGACAUCGAUCACAUGAAUCAAAUGAUUGAUGAGAACUUAAAACUGAAUGAGGCUGGGGAUCGUUUGGAGCAGGAUUCCAGAGGGCAGCAUGCUGAAGAUAACCAGCACUUGGGUAGUGCAGCUACGCAUCAAGGUGAAUUGUCUCGAGAGGAUUCAGUACAAAAUUCUGCGACAUCAGUAUAUUCGGAAGCAGAUGGUCAUGGAUCUAUCACUAGGGAAGAUUCUUUGCAUAAGCCUUCUGGUGCAUCAGAGGCAGUCUAUGACUCUCAAGAGGCUCCGGUUGCCCGUUCUGAGGCUUCCAAUGAUGAGUAUUACGGUUGGUCGGAGGAUCAACAGGAACAAGAUGAACAAGCUUAUACUACAGGACAAAGUGAAGCUGAUACAGAGUAUGAUAACGAAGAAGAAGAUCCCGAAGAAACUUUCCAGGCACCCGAGGAGAGGGAAUCGCAAGAACAUGUAAAUGGCGGCAUGCAAUUACACAAACGCCAGUUUUCUGAACAGUACCCUGAAUCCAAUGACGAAUGGGAGGAUGAAGUUGAAGAACCUAAACCUGAGUAUGAAAAUGAAAAUGAAAAUGAAAAUGAAAGUGAAAAAGAGAAUAAAGUCCAACCUGAGGCAACGCCAAAAGCGACACCUCGAAUUCCACAAGCUGCUGCUCUACCGGAACAAGAGACUCCUAGGACAAUCAAUUAUGAAACUCAAACAGACAUUAAACCAGACAUUCCACCAGAGUCUCAAUCUGAAACUCAUUCAGAAACUCAAUCAGACAUUAAACAAAAUGAACAAGAAUUGCCAACCACUCACCCUUAUCCGCAGGAAAUUCAUAACCACCAACACACGCAUGAAACAGAUGCACAGGAACUUGAUCACAAGGAAUAUUCCCAUGAGACAGAGACACAGGAACCUGAACACAGGGACCAUUCCUAUGCAACAGAGACACAGGAACCUGAACACAAGGACUAUUCCUACGCAACAGAACAAUAUAAGGAAGUUCCAAAUCCACCAAGGGGAAUGGAAUUUGUGGAAACCCGUGAAGAUGAAAGCUUAGACUAUUCAUACGAACCAGCACAUCAAGAUUCUCCAGAAACUCAUAAGAGGACUAUUGGUGCAACACAAAACCAUAACAGCAAUGGUAAUUCAUUGCCUGAUACCACACAAAGCGUUAUGGGUCAAGGCACUUCAGGUGAGAAAUUCAGCGACAGUUUGUAUGACAAGUAUGAUGAUCAACCAGGAUUACAAUACCAUCAAGAGCUUGGUCAAGAAGCAUCUGACCUACCACAGGCAAGAAGUUCAGUGGGACCAUACCACAUAAAUGAACCACAAAAUGACCCUUACGAUUAUUCCUAUGAAACUUUUGAAACUGCAGAACCUGCAGAACCUGCACCCCCACACACCGCAAAUACUUCUCAAGAUUCCAAUGGAAGUACCGACAAUCCAUUCACAAGUGAUAAAGUAUAUGAACGUUCUACUUCUGGAUCAACAGACACAGAUGAUUUCAUCCACAUCCCUAAGAACUCUGCCCAGAGACCUGCAACGACGAGUAAUACACCCGUAACAUCGCGGCGCCCAACAAAUCCAUUCAGAGUCGUCUCUGUUGGUGUUGUUGGGCCUGAUGGUCGUACUAGUAGGAAGACAUCUGCUGGAACUUUUUCCAGCUAUAAGGAUUCAAAUGUAGAUGGUCCAGCAAUUUUACAGAAGAAAUUAGACCAUUUGGUUAAAAAAUGCACCAAGCUUCAAAGAGAAAUUGACUAUUUAACUAAGAUGAACACAGCAUCUUCUUUGCCCAUUGAAGAUUCCCGUAAAUUGUCUCGUGCUGUUGACAAAUUGCAGGAGUAUCUUGAUAAAAAGAACAAAGAGAAAUAUGACGUCGGUGUGCUGCUGAGUAGGCAGUUGAGAAGAGAAAUUGACCGUGGUGAGAAUGGUCAAUUCUGGGUAGGAACCAAAUGA